ACAAACAAUAUCUCUUUCACUAACAACAACAACUCCACCACUCCACUAAUCCUCCAACAACCACCGUUAAUGUUUUCGGAUUCGCACACGGCUGGUGCAAAUCCGAACAAUUACGGUGCAUCUGAGAAGAGAACCUCCAUGGCGGCGAUGAGGGAGAUGAUAUUCCGAAUAGCAGCGAUGCAACCGAUUUACAUAGACCCGGAAUCAGUGAAACCUCCAAAGAGACGAAACGUGAAGAUCUCGAAAGAUCCUCAGAGUAUCGCAGCGAGACACCGAAGAGAAAGAAUAAGCGAGAAGAUAAGAAUUCUCCAAAGAAUGGUGCCUGGUGGAACAAAGAUGGAUACUGCAUCAAUGUUGGAUGAAGCUAUUCAUUAUGUGAAAUUCCUCAAGACACAGUUGAAGACAUUGCAGGAACAUGCCAACAAUAACAGACCAGUUGCUGGUGCAGGUUCAGCGAUAGGGUUCCCUGUUUCAUUGCCUAAGCCUUAUCAAGCUCGUAAUGUUGAUCAUUAUGGUGAUUAAUUUUAUUAAUUAAGGUUUAAUUAAUUAGCAUGUGUAAGUUUAACUAUUAAACUAUCUACGUGUGAUCAGUUAAUUAAUUAAAUAUGGUACUCUAUUUCAAUGUUUAGUGUUUUAACAACCUAUUUAGAAUAAUUAGUAUAAUUUGUUAGUAGUACUUUAAUACUAUUUUU